CCUCCAAAGGUAGCAUCUCAGCUAUGCCUUCAAGAAGCCAUUGUAUCACUCCAUCAGGCCAGCAAUUUCUGCGAUGUGUGUGCUGCGUACGAUUGUUCCAUGGCGAAGAAGAGGAGAGCGGCAGAGCAGGCUUUGGGCGUCCCAGUCAACAAGAGAAAAUCCCUGCUAAUGAAGCCCCGACACUACAGCCCGAACGUGGACUGCAGAGAAGAAUGUGACGACAGGACCGAGGCGGAGGAGGAAGAUGGCCUCCCGGAAGCCAGCGAUCACACCGCCUCAGAAGAAACCAUGAUAAAACCUAUGGAUGAGCACCUUCAUUCAACUGCCCAAGAAAACUCCAAUGGGAAGGAAGACAGAUACGGCUGCUAUCGAGAGCUCGUGGUCAAAUCUUUAAUGCACUUGGGGAAAUUUGAAAACAAUGUGUCUGUUCAGACCGUGAGUGAGAAUUUAAAUGGCAGUGGCCUCCAGUGUGUCCAAGCAGAGAGUGAUGAAGCGGACGAGCACUUCGUGGUUCAUUCUGAUGACGGAAAAGAAAAAAUCAAUGAUCCCCAGCUUCGGUUCUGCCCUUCAGAUGACAGCGAGAGUAACUCUGAAAGUGCGGAGAACGGUUGGGACAGUGGCUCCAACCUCUCAGAAGAAACCAAACCGCACAGGGUCCCAAAGUAUAUCUUGGUGGAUGAUAGAAAAGACCUACUGGGAGCUCCUGAAAUCAAAACCGAAGGUGACAAGUUUAUCUCUUGUGAAAACACGUGUGACCCCGAAACGGAAAGGAGAGACCCACAGAACACUCGCGUGGAGCCACUAGAUGGCACAGGCCAGCCCUCGUGCGCGGGGGUGGAGGAAGAUGGUAACGGGAGCCUGGCAGCCAUGAGAGAAGAGUCCCUUGACCUGGAGAAAGCGAAGGGGAGCUUGAGUGUGCUGGAGCAGGCGAUUGCUCUGCAGGCUGAGCGAGGUUGUGUUUUCCAUAACACCUACAAGGAGUUGGACAGGUUUCUCUUGGAGCACCUGGCUGGGGAAAGGAGGCUGACCAAAGUUAUUGACAUGGGUGGAAGACAAAUCUUGAACAGUAAACAUUCACCGAGGCCUGAAAAGAGGGAGACCAAGUGCCCCAUCCCGGGGUGCGACGGCACGGGACAUGUGACGGGACUCUACCCCCACCACCGCAGCCUUUCGGGGUGCCCCCACAAAGUGCGGGUUCCCCUGGAAAUUCUUGCCAUGCAUGAAAACGUGCUCAAGUGCCCCACCCCGGGAUGCACAGGAAGAGGGCAUGUGAACAGCAACCGCAACACCCACAGGAGUCUUUCUGGUUGUCCAAUUGCUGCAGCCGAAAAAUUGGCAAUGUCCCAAGACAAAAGUCAGCUUGAUUCGCCCAAAAGCGGCCAGUGUCCUGACCAGGUUCACAGGACGAGCUUGGUGAAACAAAUUGAAUUCAAUUUCCGAUCACAAGCCAUCACCUCUCCCAGAGCCACGGUGUCAAAAGAACAAGAGAAGUUUGGGAAAGUACCAUUCGAUUAUGCCAGUUUCGAUGCCCAGGUUUUUGGCAAACGCCCUCUCGUACAAACAGGUCAAGGACGAAAAACGCCACCAUUUCCUGAAUCAAAGCAUUUUUCAAAUCCAGGGAAAUUUCCUAAUCGACUGCCUAGUGCGGGCGCCCACACACAGAGCCCUUGUCGUGCCAGCUCUUACGGCUACGGUCAAUGUAGUGAAGACACCCACAUAGCAGCAACUGCUGCCAUCCUGAACCUUUCCACCCGCUGCAGGGAAACUGCAGACAUCCUCUCCAACAAACCACAGAGUCUGCAUGCCAAGGGAGCCGAGAUAGAAGUGGAUGAAAAUGGCACAUUGGACUUAAGCCUGAAAAAAAAUCGAAUCCUGGACAAAGCUGCACCCCUAACUUCCUCUAACACUUCUAUUCCAACUCCUUCCUCUUCCCCAUUCAAAACAAGCAGCAUUUUGGUCAAUGCAGCCUUCUAUCAGGCUCUCUGUGAUCAAGAGGGCUGGGACACUCCUAUCAACUAUAGCAAAACUCAUGGGAAGACAGAGGAGGAGAAAGAGAAAGACCCUGCGAGCUCUCUAGAAAAUUUAGAGGAAAAAAAGUUUCCUGGAGAGGCCUCCAUACCAAGUCCUAAACCCAAGCUCCACGCGAGAGACCUCAAAAAAGAGCUCAUUACCUGUCCAACGCCAGGAUGUGACGGAAGUGGCCAUGUCACAGGGAACUAUGCGUCCCAUCGCAGUGUUUCUGGAUGUCCUUUAGCAGAUAAGACUCUUAAAUCCCUCAUGGCUGCAAAUUCCCAGGAGCUUAAGUGUCCAACCCCGGGUUGCGAUGGUUCCGGGCACGUGACUGGAAACUACGCUUCCCACAGAAGUUUGUCCGGCUGCCCUCGUGCCAGGAAAGGUGGUGUCAAAAUGACUCCUACAAAGGAAGAAAAAGAAGAUCCUGAACUCAAAUGUCCUGUGAUAGGGUGUGACGGCCAAGGUCACAUAUCAGGUAAAUACACGUCCCACCGCACAGCUUCUGGCUGUCCCCUGGCCGCCAAGAGACAGAAGGAGAAUCCUGUCAAUGGGGCCCCCCUCUCCUGGAAACUGAACAAACAAGAGCUGCCACACUGUCCCUUGCCAGGCUGCAACGGGCUGGGCCAUGUAAAUAAUGUUUUUGUCACCCACAGAAGCUUAUCUGGAUGUCCUCUAAAUGCACAAGCCAUCAAAAAGGGCAAGGUCUCAGAAGAACUGAUGACCAUCAAACUCAAAGCGACAGGCGGUAUAGAGAGUGAUGAAGAAAUUCGGCACCUGGAUGAAGAAAUAAAAGAACUGAAUGAAUCCAACCUUAAAAUUGAAGCAGAUAUGAUGAAACUCCAGACGCAGAUCACAUCGAUGGAGAGCAACCUAAAGACCAUAGAGGAGGAGAACAAGCUCAUAGAGCAGAACAACGAAAGCCUGCUCAAGGAGCUGGCUGGCCUGAGCCAAGCUCUCAUCUCCAGCCUCGCGGACAUCCAGCUCCCGCAGAUGGGACCUAUCAGCGAGCAGAAUUUUGAAGCAUAUGUAAAUACACUGACAGACAUGUACAGCAAUCUGGAACGGGACUCUUCCCCAGAAUGCAAAGCUCUGCUGGAAAGUAUCAAACAGGCAGUGAAGGGCAUCCACGUGUAGGACCACAGCGCUGCGGGGCAACAGAAAUUGCAAACAGCGGGAACACAGCCGGAUCUGGAAGGGGCCCCUGUGCUGCGAAGGCGCGCGGGUGGCCCUACUGCAUUUACGAUUGCAACAUUGCACUAACCCCCCCCCCCCCCCCCCCCCUGCUGACAUAAAAAGGAGAGAAGAACUAUGAUGGGCUCUGUGGAUUAAAAGCAAUGCAGUCAAAUAUUAGAUCUUAUUUAUUUUCGUAUGUUUUUAUUUUAUUUCUUC